GGCUCGGGACGGCUAGCGGCUGCUCCAACCCGUGGGCAUCGGCCGGCCUAGCAGAUGUUAGCUGCAUCUAAACACCACCGCCUGCGUUCCCACCUCGUUCUUUCAUCACCGCAUCAUCCACCUCCCUCACGCUUCGGCCAGCGGUGGCAGCUGUUUCUUCCACGCUUUUCUUCCGCUUGAACUCUUCGACCCGUCUCGCUCUUCUGGCACGUCGCCAUGAACAGCAUCCUCGCCACCUCUCCCUUCUCCGCUCCUCAUCUCCUUCAGAACGCCCGACUUUCGCCAAGCCGCUCUAUGCUUACGUCGCCGCCCGCCAUGGCCUCCCGAAAGCGUAAAGCCGACGAAGAUAUUGCAGACAAUGACGAACGCAUGUCGGCAUCCCCUUCGGCGUCGCCUUCUAUGCCCUUGCGAUCUCUACCGCAAGCUCAACCCCGCUCGAAACGUAUGCGGACCAACGUCUCCGGCCGUCCGCUAGGCCUGUCCCGAAUGCUCGAGACCCUCAGCGCCGACGAAAUGAGGAGCCUUCUCCAGUCCAUCUGCGACCGGCACCCUGAUAUUGGUCACGAGGUGGUCAACACGGCACCGCGCCCAAGUGUCCAAUCAGCAUUGCAAGUGCUGAGCAACUACGAAUCUGCCCUUCAGGCAUCCUUCCCGUUCGGAAACCGCAACAGCUCCGACUACGCAUACAACAGAGUAAAGCAGGCGCUAGUUGAGCUCCUCGAUGCUCUCAAAGAUUACACACCACACUUCCUUCCACCAAACGAACAACAAACCGCAACGUCCUUGAGCUACCUUGACAGCGCGACAGAGAUCAUCCACAGGCUACCAAACUGGGACACCUAUCAGCACAACCGCCAUAAGCAGGACGCUUACGAGGAAAUGGCCAAAGCUUGGACAAUGGUUGUGCGGGAAUCUGCAAAGAGAGGCGGAGGCAUUCAGAUUCAGUAUGGCGGCUGGGAUCAAAAGAUCGCGAAGCACAACGAAUUGUCCGGCAACAAGAUGCAAGAGGCUGUGAGCGAGCUACGCUCGCACCUCGGCUGGAUGGGAGGAGAUGCCAGUGGUCCGCAGGCGGGCGCCGGCCAGAGCAACCAACAAUCGAUUCGGGACCAGCUGCUUAAUGGCACCUACGGCCUUGGUGCACCAGUCCGCGUGGGGCCUUGGUAAAGACGCAUUCAUUUGGAAACGACAACAUUGCAUGGAUUCAAUCUCACCGCCGUCAGACAUCAUUUUGCAUGAUGCUUCAUUCUCUUUCUUGCCGAUAUCACUUAUGGAAUGGCGUUCAAUUUUUCUUUUUGGUGGGAAACUUUUCUUUUCAAUGACGGCCUAGGGGUUCAUCUUUCAUGUGUGAGUGGGUGUUACAGGCGCAUCAAGACGGAGGGAGGCGGCUACACCAAGGGGCAUUUCGAGGGCGAAAUGCAUACACAUCUGUCGCUUUAGCAUCGCUCCUUGAUAUCGUCGGUGGAUAAUGCAUGCUGGUAUCCUAGUUAGCAUAAUCGAAAUUCGAUAUAAGAUGGUAACUUGUGCUU